AUGUUCGAAGCACUGAUUUUCGCGCGAGCGCAACCAAACAACAAUGGAAUAUCAAGUGGGAAGAGCCAGUGUUCAUCAAUAUCCCUUCUCGGCGAGAGAUUCCCUUUCGCUGCAUGCCAUCGAAGCUUCACUGCUCGAUGCUGUCGUCGCGUCCCCUUUGUUUUGUACAUUUUAAUCGUUUUUUGCAUUAUUCUCAUCCCGUCACCUCAGCAGCUUACCUGUCAAGAAGGACCAAAGGACAGAACUCCAUCGCUGCCGGAAAAGGAAUCAUCAGCAUUAGUGUCUGGGGUCUUGUUCGCAGGUGCCGCGCUUUGCACAGUUAAUUUGUGCGUCAAUGGCACUUGUUACGAGAAUGGAGGUUUGCAAAUCUGCGUGUGCGACAUGCCGUAUUCAGGUCCUUUGUGUACAGAUGUCAUAUCGAUGUGCACAGACGGGUGCGGGAUCAAGCCAAGUACAGGCAUUGACUGCAGCAGUGCCCUGUGCUCCCUGGGGACCUGCCAAGAUACAAAUACUGAGCCUUACUAUAAAUGCGACUGUGGAGACUUUUUUACUGGCAAUAAUUGCGAAACCCACAACAAUCCAUGCACCAACCCAGCAGCUAACCCUUGUGGUGAAGGCACCUGCACAUUUUCACCAGGAAAGGGCAGUGGGACUGUUACUUGCACAUGUGACUCGGACUACGAAACGGCGUUUGGAGCCGGCGUUAUGACAGUCAAGUGGGGGAACAGCGAGGUUCUGCAGAGUCCGCCUUGCACCGUCCGCAAGACACGAGGGGUUGCAAAAAUGCAUUUCACUAUUUCUGCUGGUGCACUCGUGAUGUGGUGGACUAUCUUUGCGGUUGUCCUGCUUUUACUGAUUUGGUGCUGCUACACUGUUUUCGCAGAAAACUGCGGCCGCUGGUCCACUGCGUUCAAGGCAGCCCGUGCGGCAAAGAAUCUAUGA